AUACAGAUAUACAAAAUCAAUGCAAGGAACGGUAAUAUUAGCGAGCACGAAUUAUUUUACUAGUUUAUCGAAAAUAGAGAUGCUUAUCAAGAUUGAGUACACGUCGAUUGGUGCGAGCAAUAUAUAAACGAUUAUUUUCAUGAAUUGUGCAUAUCCUUUCGGUUCUUCGAAAAAUAUCAUCUAAUUAAUCGGAUUUAAAGUUGUAAAUAAUGCCAAGUAAAAAGAAAAAAUAUAAUGCUCGUUUUCCAGCGGAGUAAUUAUUAUUAAUUGUAAUAACGCGAAUAAGUCUGGAUGAUAUCCGUUAAUGUUAGAUAAAUGAGGAUUAAUUGUUUUAUUUAUUUAUCCAUCGAGUAUUAUUUUACAUAUUAUCGUUGCAACGUUGUACAGAUAACUUAACCUAAAAAAUGCAUCUCAGGGUCGUAUUAAAAAAAUUAUGCAGACCGAUGAGGAAGUUGGAAAAGUUGCUCAAGCAGUACCAAUUAUAAUUUCUAGAACAUUAGAACUAUUUGUACACUCAUUACUUACAAAAACGAUGCAAAUUACGAGUGCUAAGAAUGCUAAGACCUUAAGCCCAUCCCAUAUGAAACAAUGUAUUCUAUCGGAAAGUCGCUUUGAUUUUCUUAAAGAUUUAGUAAAAGGUUUACCAGAUGUAGCAGGCCCUGAUGAAGAUGUUCCCACACCACCUUUAACACCUGCCCCGAUAAGUGUAAACAUUUCUAAUGCGACUACAUGUCCACCCGCAGGGUGUCAUUCAGAUCGAAGCUCUCAAAAUCUGUUAUCAAACGAUAUAAAUGCAGAACAUAAAAUUUGGAAAAAUGAUGGAAGAAUAGCAAAUUCAAACAUCAAUCUAUCGAGUGAUGUCUCUAAAAUCUGUGCUACGCCCCAAGCUCCAGAGUUUCAAAUUUCUGUACCUGCAUCAUUUCAAAUUAGUCAACCUAAUUUUUAUACGGAGGUCAAUCCUAUGAAUUCGAGUAGUAACUCCGACUCGAGUACAACUAAUCAUCCAACAUCUAAUUUUACUCAUACUGCCAAUAUUGACGAAGAUUACGACACAUAGUUAUUUUACUUAGUUAUUUACAAUAUUACUUAUAAAACUAACAAAUUUAGUAUAUUUAAUGAAAUUCAACAACACAUGUCACAGAAAUAUUUUUAAAUUGUUAAUAAUAUUUUAAUUAAUAGUUUCUAAUUGAAGUAGAGUGUACACUUUUAUAUUCAGCUCUAAUUACAUCUUGAGAAUAUUUUCAAAA